ACGAAGGCUCAAAAUUCUUUCUCUUGUCUCAAAACAUGUGCGUCAUUCCCGUUCUCGCGUUAGAUGAGCUCGUUCCCCUCCACACGGCCUGGUUUACAGAAGGCGAAUGCACUGCGCCGUCCACAACCCUCUUCUACCCGCUCGACCCUAAAGAGGCGCCACCGCGUGAUCCCGAAGCGCUCAGAUGGGAUGUCGUCGUGAAGAAGGCUGGACCUUGCGUUCGAAAUCGGCAUGGAAAGGUUCUGAUGAUCUGCCAACCCCCGAGCAUGGCACCGCGGUCAUAAUUAAGGCUUUCCCAUUCCUCCGUGACCUAAAGAUCGUAUCGGGCACAGCACACAAUUCUGAGUCAAACGUCCGUCCUUGGAACUUCGACCCUAUCGCCCAUGCAAUCUGUGGGAUGACUCGGCUUCGUAGCCUGAACCUAGGAAACGACUUUGGAGAAGCUGUCAACUUCACUCCCUCAUUAGUUGAAACGUGUGCAAUGGAGAUUGAGGAACUAUCCAUAUGCAUUCGUCGCCAACGAGACGCCGCGUUUUGCUGUCACCUAUUGAACGGCGCGAGGAAGACCUUAAGGUGCCUCUCCGUUCUUUGGGGCCUCCCUCCUCGUUCCGAGGAGCAUCCCACGGUUACGCGAGAUGUCAUUUCCCCUGUUCUUCAAACGGGGUCGUAUGAACACCUUACUAGGGUGCUUGGCUUCUCUGCGGUCUCUGUCUCUAGACGGCAUCGAUAUUGCAGUUGUCUGCUCUAUCGUCGAGAGUUUGCCAAAUCCGACCCUACUCCACACUCUCAAAAUAUCAGUUGGGUCCUCUCCAUUUUAUCGAGAUCUGAGUGGAUUCCGUGCAUUGAGCAACCUGAAGAAUCUGUGGAUUAAAUCGCCCCCACGCCACAAAGCCUUGGAUGCAAACGACCCCACUCCAGAAAACCAGUUAAUUGUACAGGUGGGACAAUAGCUUCUUCGAAUACGAUAGUCACAGUUCAUUGUAAUGAAUUUCUUCAUUGUAAAGGGUUCAUCAGCUUUCCUACUCUCCUUCCCUUCCUUGGAGAUGAUUCAGGUUUCUGCGGAUUAUCUGAGACACAGUAUCCGUGUUCUUGAGCCAGGAGGAGUGUUCGACUUCGACUUCUACACUCUGCUCUCUCGGCAGAACCACCUCCACUUGAGUCACUGGCGCGAGCGUCCAGCAGAAACAAUCAUGUGGAAAUGGGCGAAUAGUGU